CCGGGCUGAGAGGCAGCAGCUAGCUAGCGCACAUGCAUUUUCGUUGUGGCGAACAAGCUAGCUGCUAGUACCCUCAGUUAUACCAAGAUAUACACUACAUUCCUAGCUAGGUACGAUUAGCCGCCGGUGAGUGGGGAGAUGGUGACAUCAACAGUGAAGUUGGAGGAGGUUAGGAGGAUGCAAAGAGCGGAGGGGAUGGCGGCGGUGCUAGCGAUCGGGACGGCAACGCCGGCUAACUGCGUGUACCAGACCGACUACCCGGACUACUACUUCAGGGUCACCAACAGCGAGCACCUAACCAACCUGAAGGAGAGGUUCCAGAGGAUGUGUGAAAGCUCGCAGAUACGGAAGAGGUACACGCAUCUUACUGAGGAGAUCCUACAGGAGAACCCUAGCAUGUGCGUGUUCACGGCGCCGUCGCUGGACGCGAGGCAGGACAUGGUGGUGGCGGAGGUGCCCAAGCUGGGGAAGGCGGCAGCCGAGGAGGCGAUCAAAGAGUGGGGGCAGCCGAUGUCGCGGAUCACCCACCUCGUGUUCUGCACGACCAACGGAGUGGACAUGCCCGGAGCCGACUACCAGGUGGCCAAGAUGCUGGGCCUACCCACGUCGGUGAAGCGGCUGAUGAUGUACCAGCAGGGGUGCUUCGCCGGUGGCACGGUGCUGCGCGUGGCCAAGGACCUGGCCGAGAACAACCGCGGCGCGCGGGUGCUGGUGGUGUGCUCGGAGAUCAUGGCGAUGGCCUUCCGGGGGCCGUCCGAGUCGCACCUCGACUCCCUCGUCGGGCACGCGCUCUUCGGCGACGGCGCAGCGGCGGUGAUCGUCGGCUCUGACCCCGACGAGGCAGCCGAUGAGCGGCCGCUGUUCCAGAUUGUGUCGGCGAGCCAGACCAUCCUGCCGGGCACGGAGGACGCCAUCGUGGGGCACCUCCGCGAGGUGGGUCUCACCUUCCACCUGCCCAAGGACGUCCCGGAGUUCAUAUCCGACAGUGUCGAGGGCGCGCUCACCGACGCCUUCAUGCCGCUCGGCGUCCACGACUGGAACUCCAUCUUCUGGGUGGUGCACCCGGGCGGUCCGGCCAUCCUCGACCAGGUUGAGGAGAAGGUCGCCCUCCACAAGGCCCGCAUGCGCGCCUCCCGCAACGUCCUCUCCGAGUACGGCAACAUGGCCAGCGCCACCGUCCUCUUCGUCCUCGACGAGAUGCGCAAGCUCUCUGCCGACGACGGCCACGCCACCACCGGCGAGGGCAUGGACUGGGGCGUCCUCUUCGGCUUCGGUCCUGGCCUCACCGUCGAGACUAUCGUUCUCCACAGCGUCCCCAUCACCGCCGCCGCCCCUCUUAUUAUGCAGUAAUACUACUUAAUGGUACAACUUCUGGCGUAAACUUUACUACACUACUUUGUUUAAUUAUUUUAAUUGUUUCGUGUCAUCGUUCCUGUUCACGUCGAUCAGGCUUCAAUUUCUACAUCAGUGUGUGUUUCAGUGUUUGUAACUGUUGUGACCUAGCGGCCGUACGCGUGAUCGAUCCUGGGAUGGCACGAUUUCUUGUGAACUCUCGGGCGGCUUUAAAGUACACGUUAUGUCAUAUAUAUGCAUGUAAUUGGCCCCUUGUUUGCCCAUUAAUAAGUGGAGAAUGAUAAACACCAGAAAACGGCGCAGCAAGCAAGAUCGCAGCCAAAAAAA